UCCAAACAACAAGACCUGAUCAAGUCGUCACACUGAAAAUGCCACACCAUUUUCCCAUUUGUAACACUGGUGAAAACUGAAUUACAGAAGCAGCCAAAUAUUUUAGAUGAGAAAAACACCUUGUUUUGAACGCCUAUUAAAAACAAACCAAACCAUAAUCAUGCAAUUCUCGUUUUGCCACCACUUGUAUACUAUAACUAUUUCAUUCCUUUUAUUCCAUUCUCUUAAACAUUGUCAGCCAACAAACUUGAAGAAGAAGAAGAAAAAAAUGUCAUCUUCAUCUUCUUCUUCCUCUUCUUCACUUGAAGUCAUCCUCACCAGCUCUCCUGAUGGCCCCAUCAUUGCAUACGAUGCUUCCUCUGGCACGGCUGUAACCCAGUUUUCGACCAGCAGAUCACCCCGCCGAGGCCUCACCAUCGUCGGGAAAACUUCCAUUGCAGCAUCCCACAUCUCUCCUAUCACUGCUUCUGGCUCAAUUCAUCUCUAUAACUGGUGGUGUUCCGCAGCUUUUCAUAAGCUCCCUGUCCCUGAACUUGUGGCUCCUCUUACUGCUACUCAGGAUGGUUCUUAUCUCUUUGCUGGUGGCCUUUCCGGCAACGUAUAUACACUCUCAGUCGCUUCAGGGGAUAUCCUCAAUUCACUUCCUGCUCAUACUGGACCAGUUUCUUGUCUUACUAUCAGUGAAGAUGGCUCACUUCUGAUCUCAGGAAGUGAUGAUGGCACCAUUGUUCUCACACCAAUCUUCCAACUUUUGGGGUCAGCAAAACAAGUUACAAACAAUUUAACACAGCACAAGUUUUCAGCUCAUUCCGGUUCAGUCACUGCCAUUCUUUCCUGUACUAGAUUAUGCAACUCCCAGAUCAUUUCAUGCUCAACGGAUUCAACAUGUAAAUUUUGGAGCCUCAACCGAGGUACCCAUCUAAGAACCGUGGUUUUCCCUUGCUCUGUUCUGGGAAUCACUGUAAACCCAUCGGAAUCAUAUUUUUACGCCGCGGGCUCAGAUGGAUCGAUCUACAAAGGGUCAAUCAGAAUCGGGAAUAGAAAAAUUCCCAGUAAUGGAACAGAGGAAGAGCUGGUGAGAUGGGCUCAGAAUCAUCAUAACGAAGCAAUCGUAUCUUUGGCAAUGGUGAAUAACGGAAGGAAUCUUGUAUCGGCUUCUGAAUAUGGGAAUGUUUGGGUUUGGGAAUCUGAAAAUGGGCAAGUGGUUUCGGGUCUUGGGAAUGAGAUGAGAGUUGGAAUAAGUGACUUAGUGGUGGCUUCGGGAAUUAGAAGCGGGAAAGAUAUUGUGUUAGGGAAUGGAAUGGGACUUGGGUACGAGUAUGGGUCGUUUGGGAGUGAAGGGGUUAGAUGUUUAAAUGUGAAGGAAACGAUGGAAAUGGAAGACAUGAUGGCGGUGGCAGAGAAGGAUCGGAGCAGGGCAAUUGGCAUGUUAGAGUCCGCCAUUGCUAUGUAUGAGAGGCUUUUGGAGCUUAUUCUUAAAGAAGCCAAAGAAGCUGCAACUUGCACUACAGAAGUUACUAAACAAGAAAGAGAAAGUGAUACAUAAUUACACCUGAAGAAAAUUAAACAGUUAACCA